UUCAUAUUUGCUAUCUAGAAAGUGUUAGAUGUACAAAAAGUCUGUUUGAUGAUUCUCUUUUAUUACUACAGCGGGAAAUGUAAUUGUGUUUGAAAAAUUCUAUAAGAUGACACGUAUUCUAUAAUAACACCAGAGUUCAAUGAUUUCCGUAUAAAUGCUGAUUUUUACGCAAUAUAAUAACCUACAUAGAAUUCAAAUCGCCUACACACUCCAUACGAUCAUCACUGAAAAACUAUAUUCAAUAUAUGAAGAGAAAGCGAGAUUAAACUAUUGGUUUGUAAAUUUUGCGUAGGCUAUUUUGACCAAUGAAUCCCUUAUAUAUAGAAGCCAAGUGUCCAAUUCCCACUAAAAAUUGUACUAUCGUGUUUCGAGGAACAUAUCUGUGUUAAGUUGACUAGAAAAGUUUUUCAAACUGGCUAUGAUCAUCUUGUUCAAAAUAUUGUUGUUUAUAAUAAUUGUUAAUUGGUCAAAGGGACAGAAUGUUGUGUUUGAUUAUGGUAAAGAGAGACGUGCUUCACCACGAACUCGCCCAGGAUCUCCAGGAAAUUCCAACACAAUAGAUAAUAUUUUUCAGAUCCCAAUAGCAGUAAUUCAAGGUACUUCAGCUGCUGCACAAUCUUGGUCCCCUGAAAAUGGAGAUACAAUCAAUAAAGUUUUUAACAUACCAGUACAAACUCUUCAAGCCAUCAGUACUCUAAUUAAAGACCGUAUGCCUCAAAAUUCAAAUAAUAUUCAAAACAAAUUAAUUUACCAAAAUCAUCAAUAUCAAGAGAAUGUUACGAACCGCAAAAGACAUAUUCAUCAGAACAAUUGGACUUGGGCUUCAAUGUGGUCAAAUUUAUUUUUUGGAGAACACCGUGAUUCAGGUUACCCAUUACAUGGCAUAAAAAAGAAGAAACGUAAAAUGAAAAAGGGUUUACAUCAUGGAAGCCAUGGAAUAUUAGCAAGUCAUGGGAAUCAUUUUCACGGUCAUGGACAGCAUAACCAUGGCCAUGGUCUUUUAUCCAUGCAUCAAAGACCUCAAGACGUACUUGGAAGUGAUGGUAAUGUUUAUCAAGUCACUGAAAUUGUUGAUGAUGUUCCACCUCCUGGGAGACCUUUUACGCAGUCAGACCGCAUUCAAAAUAAAAUUGCUCCAAAAUUUUAUGAUUAAUUCUCAAGAGCCAUAAAAAUUCUAAAUAUAAGCAUGCAUGUU